CUCGACGGGCGAUUCGUCGACGUGCGUUCAUGCCAAACGGUCGUCGCAGCAGCUCGGAGCUCCUCUUUUUUGUGAAGCGCGUGUGUCUCCUCCAACAGGCAGCACCAACAAUUUUUUCAAUAAAAAACGAAAGUGCGAAUUAUCAUCAAAGAAACACAACAUUUAAUUUUUUUUGGGGAUAUUCUAACGGAUCUCGAGACCCAGAUCUAUUGUAUUUAUUUAAUAUUUUUUUCGGUUUUUUUCGAAUUCGUGGAACUGUGUGAGAAAAUGCUUGUGCAAAAUAAAAUAUAAAUAAUACGCUUUUAACCCAAAUCGGAUUUUAUUAUUGUUGUUUUUUAUUAGUUGUUCUCUUUUUUUUCGUGUGUGUGUAAUAUCUGGAGUGAAAGUGAAACAGAAACCACCAAAAAAAAAAAAUAAUAAAAUCAAUAAACCAGAGACGAGACAUCGCAGGAACGUGCCCGGCCAAUAUAAGAUAUAUAUAUUGACACGAUCAUGGCUAGGACUCUGGUGCUGGCCCUGCUGGUUUCGCUCUUGGCCGGCAAUCAGGCGGCCAUCGACAAGGACGAGGGGAAACUACCAGCCGGACGGUUGGCAGCCUCCUCUUCCGGUUCGGAUCAGCACAAUGUGAUUAACCUGAGCCUGCACACGGGCCUGACCUCUGACCUGGAUCCUGCCUUGGGUUAUGACCUGAGCCGGACUCGCCGCCUGCGGGAUGCCCUGAAUGUCUUCGAUUUGGGUCUACUGGCCGAGCGCUGGGGUCAGGUGGAGGUCUCCGGCGGAGUGUCCGGCAACUGCAGCCGGGACAUGAGAAGCUAUCUGGGAGGUCUCAGCGAUGCCAAGAUGUGGGCCGUGAAGAUGGACGAUGCUUCCGGACACUAUACAUCCGGUUUCUUCUAUGGCAACAAUUACUGGAUGGGUUCGUUGGCCCUUUGCGAUGCCAUUGACGAUGGAGUGGCUGCCAUGGCCACGCCCAGCAAGGACAACAGCUCCCCAAAGGUCAACUCCUCGGAUGCCAAAAACAGUGGCUUACCUUUCGCCGCUGCCCAUACCCAGGGCUACAGCACCGUCUACAAUGCCCCGCCGCCCUUUGUUCCCGGAUUCUACGUGAUCAAGAUCCAGCUUAAUGAGACGCUGCCAACCCAAGUGCUGCGCACCAUUUAUGUGGGAAUGUGCCUGCCCUCCAGCUGCUCCAUUGCGGAUAUCCGGGAGAUGAGCGAAAAGGCGCAUGUGGAGCUGCCCUCCCGGGAGCUCAAGGUCCUGGACAUCCGAGUGCCUACCGACAAGGAGUUCAAUAUCUGGGCGGACAAGACCUUCUGCCUGCUGAUUGUUGUCUCCGGCAUUGUGAUGUGCCUGAUCUGCUUCGGAACGCUCUACGAGAUCUAUCUGCGACGGAAGCUCAAGGAGGCACUGCGCCGCCAGGACAAGGAGAUGAUGAACAACAGCGAGACGAGCUCUGGCAUCGGGUGUGCCUCCUCUGACUACUCCGACACCAUGACUGCUCACGAUGAUCCUCUGAAGCAGUCCAGCCGCAGUCACGAUCACUCCCAGUCCAGUUCCCUGAAGCAGCUGGAUCAGCUUGUCCUGAAUCUGCCGCCCAACGACAACGACAGCGGUAAUGGACACCACGACGCCGAGCACGAUCAUGACCACGAGCACCACGAUCACCGAAGCGGCAACAACAGCAACUCGGACGAGCACCUGGAGGGUCAUCUCCAUGAGCCAGAGAAGCUGUCUAUCUACUCGGAGCUGCUGCUCUCCUUCUCGGCCAUCACGAACUUCAAUGCCAUCUGCGACAGGAACGUGGGCGCGGACACCAUUCCCUGCAUCCACGGACUGCGUGCCUUCAGCAUGGCCUGGGUCAUCCUCGGCCACACCUGCAUCGUGGUCUUCAAGUACUCUGACAACAUGGAGAUGCGCAAGGAGGUGGAGCAGAACUUCUUCUUCCAGGCCAUCACCAACGGGCCGUUCAGCGUGGACACCUUCUUCUUCAUCAGCGGCUUCCUCAUCUCGUACAUCUACUUCCGGACGAACGCCAAGGGCAAGCUGAACAAGCUCUCCAAGGGAGCCAACGAGUUCACGGCCGGUACGGCACACUUCUUCGGCCUGGUCGCCUACCGGUUCAUGCGCCUCACCGCCCCCUAUCUGUUUGUGCUGGGCGUGGUCCAGGUGACGAUGAAGUACCUCGCCACGUACUCGAUCUUUGAUCCGCCCACCAUGGACCACAUCACCUGCCCGGACUACUGGUGGCGCAACAUCCUCUACAUCAACACCCUGUUUCCUGUGGACGAGAUGUGCAUGCUCUGGAGCUGGUACUUGGCGAACGACACUCAGUUCUACAUGAUUGGCGCCAUUAUCCUGAUCGUGGGAGUGCGCCACUUCAAGCUCUCGGCCAUCACCACUCUCGUGUUCCUGGUCCUCUCCUGGAUCACCACCGCCGUGAUAGCCUUCACGAACAACCACCGUCCCAAUACAGACGAUCCUUUGGCGCUCUUCGACAAGAUCUACGACAAGCCCUGGACCCGGCUGGGACCCUAUCUGAUCGGCAUGGCUGUGGGCUGGAUCCUGUUCAGGACUAACUGCAAGAUCCGUCUGCCCAAGCUUACGGUGGCCACCGCCUGGUUCUUGGCCAUGCUGAACCUGUUCGUCCUGGUCUUCGGACUGUAUCGGGCCGAUCUCUCGCAGUUCACGGCCGCCGCCUACAGCUCCCUGAGCCACUCGGCCUGGGCGCUGUCCCUGGCCUGGAUCACCAUUGCCUGCUCCACCGGAUACGGCGGCUACAUCAACUCGCUGCUAUCCGCCCCCUGCCUUUAUCCCUUCUCCCGGGUCACCUACUGCGCCUACCUGGUCCACCCCAUCGUGAUUCGUUCCAUGGCCCUCAAUUCGGACGCGCCCCUGCAUCUGGGCGGGGAUCUGAUGGUCGUCAUGUUCUUCGGUCUAACGGUGGCCUCCUACUUCCUGUCCUUCGUCGUGUCGAUGUCCUUCGAGGCGCCCGUCGUCACAAUGCUGAAAAUCUUGUCACCUAGUCGAAAGAAACGUCUCGCCUAACAACCUCCUGCUUCCUGCCCAUUUCCGAUUAUUUAUACCCCCAUAUUUCGUACGAAAUCAAAGCAAUCUACACAUAUUUAUAGCAUUCAUCUCCACAUCUCUGAACGGACUAUCUAACUAUCUAUUCUCUCUAUCAUUAUCUUCUUAAAAACUUACAA